AUGCGCAGCAAGCAGCAGCCAAGGCCUUCCUUUCGGUGGCCGCAGCAAAGCGGCGAUAAUCUUACCGGGGAGGACGGAGUCGAAGGCUCUGGGCCAGGUCUGGCCGCGGACCUCCAAGCGGAGGAGGGCGAUUGCGCGGAGGAUGACGGACCGAUCAGCCCUAGCGAGAGGGGUUGUCCGGCUCCAACCAAAGAGGAAGAGGACGGCGACGCAACCGACGAGGAAGACGACGAGGAUGCAACGCCGCCCACACCACCGCCUUCCGCUACAACAAGAUUAAAUCCUACGAUUUUGAGGGACACCGGACCACCGGAUAGAGAACUAAUGAGUCCGCGCUGCCCUUCGAGAGAUUCUCGGGAAUCGUCCGGCCCGCCGACUGGUAGCCCACCGCCACCAGCAACGAGGAGCAGCGCGAGUCCUGUCAGUCCGAGUGGUAUCGUGCCUCUUCCGCUCGGCGGUCACCCUCUUCUACCGCCUCACUCCGCGGCAAUGAUGGCUGCGUAUCUGCAGCAAACUCAUCAGAGGCUGUUGCUCGGCCACUCGCCCUUAUCCCGAGGGUCGGUGUCGCCUCUGGUCACGUCCUCGUGUUCACCACCGGCCGCCACUCCGGGUCUACUGGUCUCGCCGAGCAGUAUCGGCGAUGUCUCGCCGUCGGCCACACCGUUGCCCGCGGUGCUCGAUUUCAGCACGAGGAAAGCAUCCUCGACGGAGGACGACGAGGACGAACAGAUACUGAACCUCAGUAAACCACCGACUCCGUCCUCGUCGACGGAAACGAACAACGGACCGUUGGAUCUGUCGGUGCCUAGCAGAAAACGACCGAGUCCGGAAGAAUCGCCGCCACCGCCGGUUCGGAAAUCUUCUAGAUUGGCUGCCGGUUCCGCGGCGGUCGCGGCAGCGGCAGCGGUCGCAGCGGCCACGGCGGCUCACCAGGAUCCCGCUCAGGCCGUCGCAGCCGCGGGUUUCGGAAGACCUCCCGUAGUCUCGCCAUGGACGUCGCCCGUCGUCGCCUCGCACUUUCCUUACUUCGCCGCCGCGGUCGCAGCCGCGGCGACUAGUCAGCAGCAACUCUCGCCGAAGAGCACCGCCGGCGUGGUGGAGCAUCAUCAGCUGUGGAACGGCAAGAUAAAGCCGCCGUCCGCGUUGGAGAAACCGUAUCAGCCCAGCGAGGCGACGAAAGCACUCGAGAAGAUGAGCGAGCUGAGCAAACUGGGCGGCGAGGAUCUGUUCAGGUCGUCGUCGGGUAACGCGAGUGGAGCCGGUAGCGGUGGCGGAAGUGGCUCGGCCGGCGGUGGCUCCGCCGGGAAUCCGACCGGUUCCACUUCCGGUAGUCGUCACAGCGCCUGGCAAUCUCAUUGGCUGAACAAGGGCGCCGAUCAGGCGAAGGACGUGCUGAAAUGCGUCUGGUGCAAGCAGAGCUUUCCCACGCUGGCCGCGAUGACGACGCACAUGAAGGAGGCGAAACACUGCGGCGUCAACAUGCCCGUGCCGCCCACCGGUUCCUCGCUGCAUCCGCAGCAGAGCAACGUUCCGAGCAUGCCGACACCUCAGCCGCCACAUCAACCUCAGACCACGUCGUCGAGCAACGCUGGUUCCGGUGGCGUUGGAGGUGCCGGUGGUUCCGCGACACCGAGCAGCAAGCAGAGUCCCUCGGAGUUGAAUCUUCUGAUCAAGGAGACGAUGCCGUUACCGAGAAAGUUGGUGCGCGGGCAGGACGUCUGGCUGGGCAAAGGGGCCGAACAGACCAGACAGAUACUGAAGUGCAUGUGGUGCGGUCAGAGUUUCCGCUCGCUCGCCGAGAUGACCUCGCACAUGCAGCAAACGCAACACUACACAAACAUCAUCUCCCAGGAGCAGAUCAUCUCGUGGAAAUCCUCGGACGAACACAAAGGAGGCAGCGGCGGUGGAAGCGGAGGCGGUUCCGUGGGCGGAGGAGCGGGUAGCGGCGGUGCCGCGAUGACCGGCGCCGGUGGCGGUGUCGGUGCUGGUGCUACCGGACCACACGGCGGAAACGCUGGUGCUCCCGGUUCCGGAGCUACCAGCAGCCACGUGAGUGCGGUAUUGACGUGCAAGGUGUGCGACCAGGCGUUCAGCUCGUUGAAGGAACUGAGUAAUCACAUGGUGAAGAACUCCCACUACAAGGAACACAUUAUGCGUUCGAUCACGGAGAGCGGCGGACGACGCCGGCAAACGAGGGAGAAACGCAAGAAAUCGUUACCGGUGAGGAAGCUGUUGGAACUGGAACGUGCCCAGAACGAAUUCAAGAACGGCGACGCCGCCGCCACCGGGCUCGGACACAAUCUCGGGAAACACGCGGGUAGGAUAACUUGCGAGAAAUGCGGCGAUAAGAUCGAGACGACCAUCUUCGUCGAUCACAUUCGCCAGUGCAUCGGCGCGGGUACAGUGAGCGCGAAUCAACGGAACUUUCUCAAGAACGCGUUAAUGUCGAAUCACUUGUCGGCGACGCUGCCGCCGUCCGAAAGUGGUCGGAAGAGUGCGAACGAGGAGAGUUCACCGGUAUCCUCGAGGCACCAUCGGUCACCCUCGUCGGCCAGCGACGCGACCACUCCGGGGAAAGACACACCGACGCCGACCGCGAACGAGACCACCGGGAGCUCCUCUCCUUCUGUUUUGAACGCCAUCGAGAAACUGAUCGAGAAGAGUUUCGAUUCCCGGGCGAGACACGGUGCGCCAGGCUUGCAUCACGUGCAACCCGGUGCACCGAUGGGAACGAGUAUUUUGAAACGACUGGGCAUCGACGAGAGCGUCGACUACACGAAACCACUGGUCGAUCCGCAAACGAUGAACCUCCUUCGGUCGUAUCAACAACAGCAACAACAACAACAUCACUAUUCCACGAGCGCGGCAGCGCGACGAGAACGUAGCGGGAGUGAGUCCAGUUCCGUCUCGGAACGAGGAAGUGGAGGAAGAACAGACUCGAUGACGCCCGAGAGACGAUUGGAUCUCUCCUCGGUCGGGCAUUCGGAUAGGCAUUCCCAUCAUCAUCGCGUCACGCCGGACAAACAGCUGGUACCGCAGAGUCUCGGCUCUGGGCGUCAUCAUCCUGCCGCGGAGGAAUCCGGGGACGAGGAGUCGUCGACGGUGGUCGUGAAAAAGGAGCCGAGAGACGAGGAAACCGAGGAACGGGUCGGCAACGAGGAAGAACAAUCGCAGCCCCCGUCGAAUCGAGAGGUGUUUGUGAAAAAAGAGAUCGUGGACGAGUGCAGAGACGAGGAGGAGCAAAGCUCGUUCAAUCACCGACGAAGCAGCCUGCACGAGGGCUCGGAGGAGGGCCGCGAGGUUUUGUCGCCUCGAAUAAAUCCUCCGACGCCCAGAUCGACAGGGCAGAUGGAACAGCUCGGCCGCAGUCCCUGUCGAAACAGCACCAGCAGUCCGACGAGCAGCGACCGAUCGGUUACACCGCGUGGUACCCCAGACACCAAAGGUUCGAGCAGUCUCGGCGCGCUUUCUUCCAUGUUCGACAGCCUGUCGGGCGGCGGCGGCGGAAGUGGCGGAGGUGGCGCGAGCGGGGCAGUCGAAUCGCAGGGUCGCAAGGCUAGCAGUCAUCCACUGGCAGCGUUGCAAAAACUCUGCGACAAGACAGAGACGAGAAGCGGGAGCGGAGGUGGGGGCGGAAGCGGAGGCAGCGGUAGCAGUAGGUCCGCGGGUGGACCAGGUUCGACUUCGGGGUUGGGUUCGUCCGCGAGUGGUGGAGUGGGCAACGCCGGCCCGGGAUCCGGAACGACGCCGGGCGCGAUCCUAGCUUUCAGUUGGGCCUGCAACGACGCGGUGGUCACCGCCGACUCGAUCAUGAAGUGCGCCUUCUGCGACACACCGUUUAUCUCAAAGGGUGCGUACAGGCACCAUCUGUCGAAAAUGCACUUCGUCAAGGACGGCGUGAUUCCGGACCCGUUGACCAUCGGUCGGUCAGCCGCGGCCGCUGCCGCUGCCGCCGCCGCAGCGGCCGCGGCCUCUCAGAACUCAGCCGCGGGACCACCGACCGGUCACAGUUCUUCCUCGCCCCCGACAUCGCAACGCAACAAGUCGCCGCCGCUUUCGCAGGCGAACGGUAGCCCCUCUCAGUCAGCGGCCUCUCCCCUCGAGGAGAGCCCGCAUUCGAAAUUUCUCAAGUAUACGGAGCUGGCCAAGCAAUUGUCCAGCAAAUACGUAUAG